GUGGUUGUCAGCAUUUCACUGUUGUGCCAUGCAACCACAUCCACGUGCGUCGAUGUCACGCCUUAACCUUGCUGAAUUCCAGCGCGGUGGAGAAUGGACUGAAGCUCGGACGCCGCCGCCAUCGCAGGCCUCGUCGUCGCCGCUAUCCCUUUCCCGCACCUCUACAUCGCGCCUGCCUUUCCUUCGUAUUGCUUCUAUGGGCGACCAUCACCGCCGAACACAUCAUAAAGCACUCGUGUUUGUGUUCAUUCUACUUCUUGGUAUCAUCGGGGGUCCCUUGAACUACGCCUCCAAGCGUGCCAUCCAAGCCCUUCUCGACCUACGCAAUCGCAUAGCCACGUCCACGGACUCUGUCGCAUGGAACGGCGUCCUUUGGGUUGCUUACUCCAUCGCGUUGCUCUUCUUCGCAAUCUUGUGGACCAAGCUCUCCCCGUCCGCCGUCGGCUCGGGUGUGUCGCAGAUGAAAGUGGUGCUCACAGGCGUCGACCCCAACCUGUACCUGCCAGGCUACUUCUCCUUGUCGACCCUUGUCGCCAAGAUAGGCGGGAUCGUAUUUUGCAACGCCGCCGGGCUGGUCGUCGGCACCGAAGGCGCGUGGACCCACCUCAUGUCUAUCCUCACCCACCAGCUGCUUCGCCUUCCAUGCUUUGCUCCCCUCCAAGCCAAGCCGUCCACACGGCUGCAGCUGCUCGCGGCGGCGUCCGCCGUUGCCGUCUCGUCUGCGUUUGCAUCGCCCCUCGGCGGGGUCCUCUUCUCCAUCGAAGUCACGGCCACGUACUACCUCAUUUCCAACUACAUGAAGGCGUUUGUUGGAGCUCUUGGCGCCGCCAUCGUCGUGCAGGUCACAACUACUACCAUCGUUCAAGGCCAUCCAUCUAUCUAUAAAAUCGAGUUUCCAUCGGCCGCGGCGCCCAUUAUCAACAUCCCAUUGGCCAUCCCGCUGGGGGUGUUCCUGGGGCUAUUGUCAGCGCUACUCAUCCGCAUCGUCCGGCUCCUCUCGGACAAGCGGACGGCGUGGCGGAAGUCGUCGUCGACUGUCGUCCGGGUACUUGUGACGUGGUUCGACCCUCUCUGCGUGGUGGUGCUCACGUCCGUGCUCUCGUUUUCCCCGUCCGCCCCGUACAUCUCCCCGCCGGACCUCCCCCGCUUCUACAUGUCUGCCAACGCAUCAUCCAUAUCCAACGCUGUGGUCGAUGGAUUCGUUCCUGUUGUGCUCCUUCCGUUGGCCAUCACCCUCGCCGUGCCGACUGGCGUGGGGCUUCCGACGUUUGUGAUGGGGGCGGCGCUUGGUCGUGUCUACGGCUCGCUGCUCACAUCGGCCCUGCCAGACUGGAACCUCCUCCCGCAAGCGUAUGCCCUCAUCGGCGCCGCGUCCAUGACGGGCGCGUCCACCCGCACCGUGUCCACUGCCGUCAUCGCCUUAGAAACAUCUGCUAGCCUCGCGUACAUGCUGCCGAUCUUUGCUGCCACGCUCGUAGCGAUUGAAACGUCGAGGGCAUUUGCGACACAGUCGGUUUACGAUGCCACGGUGAAUGACCUGCCGUACUUGCCGUGCUUGGACUUUGCCGACGAUACUACGACCGCGGACGACAUCAAGGAGCCCCACGUCAUAUUUGUCACUAGAAAACCCACACUCGUGAGUAUUCUGGUUGCCCUAAACCGGAUGCCGGGGCACGACAUUCCCGUGGUCGAGUCGGAAGCCAACCGGAUGCUCCUCGGACGGAUCUCGUCCAGGGCGCUGUGUCGCGUCGUCGCGCGGUAUUACGACGCUGCGGACCUUGGUGACCACCGCGCCGACUGUGGCCUGGACGACGGCGAGUGUCUGUCCCCCACGGCGGAUCCAGACAUGACCGCCGACAAGUCCACAUGGACGUCCAUCAAGUCUGCCGUCACAAGCUUGAACCAUCGCGAUCCGAUGUAUGGGAAUUCUGUGGACCGAUUGUACUGCCGCGCGUUGCCGCCGCCGCCGCCACCCCCCUCGUCGGACCUUCCCACGGCACGUGCAGAAAUGGGUAGUGGAUUGAAUGCCGCGAAUAUCAUUGCGCUGCUGAGCCAGCGGUGGAGCGCCGAUAAGAAGGAGCUGCUGCGGUUCGCCACGACCAAACUGCCCGCGUCGGCCGUGCAGGCGCUGCCGAUUUCUGUCUCGAGCAAGACCCUUCUCGAGGACAUCCACAUGAUGUUUCUCAUGCUGCGGCUGGACCACUGCUUUGUGACCAACCGCGGCGCUCUGGUGGGCGUCGUGACUACCAACGCUGUGAUUAACGCCAGCCGAAGAGGCAGCACCCACAACCAAGACCAUAACCGGGCCAAUGCAGUUUAGACUUGCGUUUAUGCUUGAAAUAGACGACCCAAG